CUCGCGGUGGCCCCGGUGGCCCCGGCGGUGGCCCCGCGAUGGUGGCGGCCCCUCCGGCCGCCGCCGCCGCCAUGCGCCGGGGGUUCCUGGUGCCCGAGAUCCGCCCGCUGGACCAGUACGACGGGGCUCGGGCUCGCAGCGCCGCCAGCCUGGCCUGGGCCAUCGCCACCGGCUACGGCGGCGCCGGCAACGUCCCCGAGGAGCUGCGGGACCCCUUCUACACGGACCAGUACUCGCAGGAGCACCUGAAGCCGCCGGUGGAGCGGCUGCUGCUGGCGGCCGACAUCUACUGCCGCGCCUGGGGCCACGCCCUGGCCCCGCCCCGCCAGGCCCCGCCCCCCGAGCCGCCGCCCCGCGACCUGGGGGCGCUGCUGGCGCUGCUGGCGGGGAGGGGGCUGCGCCCCACCCUGCAGGGGGUCCCCGUGCGCCCCCAGGACCUGCAGCACCGCCCCAUCCGCAUGGUACUGGCACCACUGGGAGCACGGGGAGCGACUGGGAGCCGUUACUGGGAGCACUGGGGAGGGGGCUGCGCCCCACCCUGCAGGGGGUCCCCGUGCGCCCCCAGGACCUGCAGCACCGCCCCAUCCGCAUG